AUGGCGGGGUUCAGCUCUCCAGUACAACCGGAGUUUGAGCAGGAUCUUCGUCAGAUAUAUUUCCAGCAUGGGUUUCCAGCUCAACAUCAAUAUAAUCUUCAGUUGGACCCUUUUAUACAGGGGAAAGGUUUAGGAAAAGAAGCCGAAGGAGGAGUGGGGGAGCGGAUAGGAGGAGAGGGAGGAGGGGGUGGUUAUAUAUCAGGAAUAGAGGAGGGGGAGGGAAGGGGCAGGGGUACCCUUGUAGAUCUUGGACAGGGGCUUCUUAGGGACCGAGAACUUGAAGGGGGUCAAGGGAUUCAGGGACCUCAAGUUGUUCACGGGGAUCAAGGAGCUCUAGGACUUGAUGGGGUUCAUGGACUUCAGGUCUCUCUUCGUAGUAAACAGAUCCAAGUAAAUCUGAAGAAUAGUUCGGGUUUAGAAAUAGAUUCGGGACAUAAGCUUAGACAAGAUUAUCUUGAAUGCAUAGAGCCAGAAGACACUUGGAACAAUUCAGGUCGUCUUCCACCGAAUAUUCUUUAUCCUUCACUUAUAUCCUCUUCCUUUCCACCAUUUAAACAUUCAUUAUCUACGGUUGAUAUAAAACAAGAACCUAUAUCUCCUCUAGGGAGUCUUCAAACACAGCAGGGUCGAGAUAGAGGGACAGUAAGAGAGAAAAAAGACGCGAAAGAGAUGAAGAAGAACUCCUGUCUUUUUCAGGAGAAGGAGAGAAGUUUUACUAACUACAGGUCCCACACACACACCGAAAUCGGAAACCUUUGGUCUUGUGUUCCAGAGAAGUUUAGUAGUGGAAACCAUUCCUGGCCAGGACAUGGAACAUACUUUCACAGAACUCAACCAUUUCCAGGAGUAAACAGAAGAGGAGCCUUGCAGUUGUGGCAGUUUCUGGUAACUUUGCUGGAUGAUCCAUCAAACUCAGGAGCUAUUGCCUGGACAGGAAGAGGUUUAGAAUUUAAACUAAUUGAACCGGAAGAGGUUGCGAGAAGAUGGGGAGUGCAGAAGAACCGACCUGCGAUGAACUAUGACAAGCUGAGCAGGUCUCUCAGGUACUACUACGAGAAGGGGAUCAUGCAGAAGGUUGCAGGUGAAAGGUAUGUUUAUAAGUUUGUAUGUGAUCCUGAAGCCCUAUUUCAGAUGGCUGUGGCUGAAAAUCAAAGGCAGGUUAAAGUUGAACCAGAGGAAGAUUCAAGACAUCCGCAUACACAGUACACAGAUGUACUAUCCCAGGUGUACAACAACCAUAUAAAUAACAGACCUGGAUAUCAUCAAUACUUCCCAUCUUAUAUUACAGAGAACGAAUCUCAGGAGCGUAGCGGUCAGUUCAACUAUCUUCAGUAUCCCUCUAUACAUAAGCAACAAUGCCAGUACUACAGGGGCGACAGACCUGAUUAUAGAGGGACGCCUAGGGUCGAUUUCAGGGGGUUGGAGGAGGGGUCCAUCCCAUCCAGGGGCCUAGGGGGCCUUGAGACCAGGGAGGAUUAUAGAACCCCGAACAGGGGCAGAGCUGAGCAUAGGAUGGAAAGAAGUGGGAGAGAGUUAAGAGCCUCUGAGUACAGAGUUCAAGAGGGAGAGUACAGAGGUCUGACUGGGAGAGAGUUUGAGAGGAGAGGAUAUGAAAGGGAACCCUCGCCUCUCCCUUCGGAUCCAGAGGUUACUUCUACCCAGGUGACAUCGACGUCCGAGGAUGCUGACCCGUGUCCUUCAAGUGAGCAGCAGGAGCUGCAGGAGCAGCCUGGAGAAGUUCCUCCAGGAUUCCCUGGAGAUUCAACAUCUAUUAAUGGAGGUUAUAAUGGAGAUACACGGGCCAAUGGAGGCUUCGGAGCAGUUUACUAGUUCGAGUUUUACAAUCUUAGAAAUCAAAUGUUUAUGAAAAUAUAAAAAAUCAAAUCUUGAAUAUUCCUAAAUUUCACUCCAAUCUAUAAACACAAGGGUAACAAGGUGGAGUUAAUUGUACAACAUUGCAACCUUGUAACUUCGCAUGUUUUUUUCUACACUCAACUUCCAGGAAUGCUAAAAGGAAAAAAGCUUUGUCACCUAUUAAGUAUGAGAAUUUUAUAAACUAAAAUUAUAUCAUCAAAAGCUCUCUAUAUAAUACAAAGGAAUUAAGUUUUUUUCCACAAACUCUGACUUUUCAAUCCUUAUCUCUGUGCAACUUAAUGUCGUAGAACCUUUUAGAUCAAAUAAUCUAGACUGGAAAUAUCAAAGAUUUACAACAUCGGGUUGCAAAGAUAUAGGGAUUAGACAA